AGCCCCCUGACAGAGGAGAGACCUUUUCCUCCUGGGCGGAGGUUGCAGCAGGGACGAGGUUGGGUGGGACGCCGAAAUGGCGACGGCUCUGCUAAUCUCCUGCGGCCGUACUGCCGUGCUCAAGACUUUUAAGUUGCAAGCAUGGGGGCUUCGAAGUGUACCUCCUGCUGUUUCUUUCUGCACCAAACCAGGGGAUGGUAAGAAAGUCUCCAAAAAAAAUAAAGGUGAGAUAAUUAACACUAAACCUGAUGCUGCUGUAAAAUUAAAAGAUGAAGAUCUGAGGAAAUACUUGGCUAAGAAAACUGUGGUAAAAUUUCCUCAGAGAGCAAAGCUUCCUUCUCUUGAGGGACAGUCUGUUGUUUCCUCAACAGCAGGCUUGGGGAAGAAGAAGGGAGAUGAAGAGACAUCCUCUUCCUCAAGCUCUGAGUCAGAUUCUAGCUCUGAUUCUGAUGAGGAAGAUUCUGCCUUUAAAGAUACCAUAAAAACCAAAGUAUCAUUUCCAAGUCGAGAUCCCCCCUCUUCUGGUGAUAGAACAAAGAAAGCAAAGAUAAGAAGCGAAAAACACGUUCCCCAAGAGCAGGUCAAAGGCAAAGCAGCUGAGAAGCUCCCUUAUAGUCCUGGAUUCACAGAAUUCCCCGUGAAACAAAAGGAGGUGCAUCAGACAACAGCUGGUGACAAAUUGUUAUGGUCAGAUUUGUCAAAGUCUGCCACAAACGGAAGACACGAAGAAGCUCUUUUAAAGAGCACCGACUUUGGAACAAAAGUUGCAGAGAGUCAGAGGCCAACAGACGUAGCUAAGCCACUGGAGGCGUCUCCCCCUCAAGCAUCUCCCCUUGGAGCAACUGCAAGUACAUUGUCUAGAACUCAGUCAGUGCCUCAACAAAAUGCAGCUCAAAAUCUGACUUUGCCAAGACAGGGGGGAAGUGUGGCAAUGGAGGCACAAAAGACUGACAUGGAAGGAAGAACUGCUGCUGUGCCACAAGGAGAGGUUUUGGAUGGCAGAGUGCCAGCGGCAGAAACCACAGUGAAGGAGGAGAUUGCCCUGGAAGCAGGAGUUCAGACUGAACAACAAAGCGCUAUACAGGAGGUCGAGCCGCCAGUUGAAACUGCUCCAGAAACAUUUGACAUGUCUACCUACAAGAAUCUGCAGCACCAUGAUUAUACAUCAUACACCUUUGUGGAUUAUGACGUUCAGCUUGCAAAAUUCAGGCUGCCUCAGCCAUCCUCUGGGAGAGUAUCUCCACGACAUUGAAGCAAAUGUGGAAAUGCACAAACAAAUUAAUUCUGACAAUGAAGGAAUAUCCAUGCUACAAUUAAAGUGCUGCAAAUGA